UACCAUAUUCAAGGUGACUGUGGGGUUGAGUGAAUCAAAUCCAGAUGCUUAUAAGCCAAAAUUGCUCUCCAUUGGUCCUUACCAUAAACACGAUUCUAAACUUGGCUCGAUGGAAAAAUAUAAGUUGUGUUACCUACAACAGUUUCUUAAGCGAAAAGGGGGGAUUCAUGAUGUGGAAAGUUGUAUUAGUGAAAUGGAUAAACUAAAAGAUGAUGCACUUAAGUGUUAUGAUGAUAUAGGGGGGAUUGAUAUGUCUAUUGUUGUAAAUUUUUCAGAAAUGUUACUGCUUGAUGGUUGUUUUGUGGUUGAGUAUAUUCGAGAGCAUUGUGAAUUCAUUCUUGAUUGUGAAUCCAUUUUAAUUGAAGAAGACCGGAUUAUCAAGAGACGUUGCAUAAGAAAUCAACUAAAUCGAGACUUGUUGUUAAUAGAAAAUCAACUUCCUUUCUUUGUCCUAACCAAGCUUUAUGAAAUGUCAAAGGAGGAAGGCGAAGAAACAUUGUUAGAGAUGGUGAAGUGGACAUUUUAUCUUGAUAAAUCCUCUAUAGAGACCGAAGGUAAUGAAAAAAAUUUCAAACACAUAUUUCAUGUAGUACACAAGUGCAUGUCAUGGCGACCUUCAAAGUUGAAAAAUAAACCUAGCAAUAUGGCAGAUUCCCGUAGAAGCUUAUUUGGGAUCCAGUCAAAAAUACUUGGGAGGAGGAGAAGGAGAAAUAGGGAUGAGUACAUGAUGUGGCAUAAGGUCAUGCCAAAUGCAACAGAGCUUUCUGAAGCUGGAGUUAGCUUCGCAAAUGUUGGAAAUAUUUUUAUGAGGUCAUUGGACAAAGUCUAUGAUGAUGAUGUUGGGGAUAGCACAAGUUUAUUUGCUAUUAAGUUUGACAAUGGAUUGAUGACAAUCCCUUGUUUUCGAGUCGUUGAUGAGACAGAAACCCUCAUGCGAAAUCUUAUUGCUUACGAACAACAGUCUUCUGAUGUAUGUCUUAAAUAUUUCAGUGAUUUUGUAGUUUUCAUGGAUUAUCUUAUUGACUCGGACAAAGAUGUGAGUUUGCUUCGUAUGAAUGGAAUCAUUGUAAACAAGAUAGGAGAGGACAACGAAGUGGCUAGCGUCUUUAACAAAAUGGGGAAAGGGGUCGCCGUUUCAGACGACUUCUAUUAUGAAGAAGAAUGCAGAAAAGCCGUUCAACAUUGUGAACAAUCAUGGAAUAGAAUGAAGGCAAAUUUGAGGCACAAUUACUUCAAUAGUCCUUGGGCAGGAAUUUCAACUGUGGCAGCUAUCAUACUCCUCUUACUCACAGCUACACAGACUGUUCUAGCUUUCAUAAGUCUUUUUAACUAGUUGCUUUAAUUAUGUGUCAUUG